AUGCACAGUAUCGUCUGUCUCCUCGCCCUCGCGGCCAAUGUUCUCGGCAGCCCAGUCCAGCCGGACCAGUCACCCAACAACAACCUCAAGGUCAACACACCACAGACCGCCAGCGGCUGCUACCACCACGCCUCCCCGACCUGCUGUCUCCCAGGAGUCUGCAUGUGCCAAAACGGGUGGAUUUAUGAGGUCAACAUGGACCAGAUGAGAGCUGGUGGCCAUGGCUGUGACCCGCCUUGGGGGUUUAUCGCCACGAGCCGUGGCGGAUUCCCCGGCUACUGCUGCUGA